AUGGGCUAUUGGCAGCAAGUUCGUCAGAAGAAGAAACUUGAGGGAAACUACGGCAAGGAUUUCGACAUCAACGGGAGAGCAGUUACCUACUACGUCCAAGACUUCCCUCCGGACUGGAAUGAAACGGCGUUGUGGAAAACUUUCAGCUUGUAUGGGGCCGUGGUGGACGUGUAUGUUGCUAGAAAGCUGAACCGACUAAAAAGAAGAUUUGGUUUCGUUCGAUUUCUCAAGGUUCGAGACAUAAGAGCCUUUGAAUCGCGUCUGAAUGAGAUCCUCAUCGGUGCCAAAAGGAUUAAAGUUAACGUAGCCAAGUUUGAUAGGAAAGGUAAAGAAUCCAGGAUUAUCACCCCCACCCAAAAGGAGAAUGAUAUGUCGUAUGCUGACGCGGUGAAAGGACCUCCGCCUAGCCAUUAUAAGGGGAUGACUGACGACCCAAUGACUGGUACUAGAAACAAGAAUAACGACAGGGUAGACGCAAAUAGUAUCAGAAUGAUCUCUACAGAAGGGUCGAAGGAGUGCAUGAAUAGCACUCUGGUUGGAGAAACUAAAAACUUUCAGACCCUUAUGAACGUCAUGGCACUUCCGGUAGUUGAAGGUUGCCCUAACAUCCAGCUGAGGCCAUGGUUCAAAUCCCUCACAAACUGGUCUAUGGAGUGCAACUAUAAUGAGAGAAUAGCAUCCAUAAUCAUUCAAGGGGUACCACAACAUGCAUGGUGUGAGGAAGCCUUUAGCUCUAUAUCCAAGAUGUGGGGAUCAGUGGUUAUCCCGGAAGAAUGCCCAACAGACUCUCCAAACCUUGCCUUUGGGCGAGUAGGUAUCCUUACCUCACAUCCUGGACUAAUCAACCUCUCUAUUCCUGUCUUUGUCGAUGGAAUCUGUUUUGAGUAUCCCAAUGGGAACUGGUGGUACGAUGGAGUCCGUGAGGAUGACUAUGCCGUUCAAUCGAAGGAGGACCUGAAUUCUCCGAUAUCGUCCCCGGCAUAUUCUCACCGGAGUCUGGUCGGGGAAUGUGAAAAGUUGCAAUCAUGUGAGACGAUCCCAGUUCCCGAGGAGCAGUAUAAGAUCGAGAAUCUUAACAGUCGUCAGAAGGGUGUCGAUUCGUCGCGUGUAAUUCAAAAUGGAAGUCCGUCCCCUUGUUCCAACAUGAGAUUGGACUCGGAUCGGGUUAUCUCUGCUAGUGGUCAUUACAGGCCCACCAAGCUAUUGGACCUUAAUAAUGUGCCCUGUAAUUCUAAUUCCAUAUUGGCCCAAAAUCUUAGAUCCUCUCCUAUAGAGUUAUCCCCAACCUCUUCGUCAACGCCAAUCAACCCGGUUGGAAGUCACUCCCAGGAUAAUCUCCAAGAACCGCUGAGGCCCCAUAAUAAUAAUACAGGUACUCCAUCCUAUCCGAUCCAAGAGAAAUCUGACUCUACAUCUAUGGAGGUGCUAAAGAUGAUUGAAGUGGGGGAGAGAGUUGGUUUCAGGGUUAAAGACUGUGCAGACCAUCUCAACCCCCUGAUUAAAAAACGUGGAGUGGUGAUCCUGGACCAAUGA